AUGGUCAAAGUCACAAAGCCCAACCUAUGCGACUGCCAGCGCGCUGGAGACUUUAUCGAGGCAGACCCUCUCGUCUCCCUGUUUGAGAGCAGCAAAAGAUUCGAGCAUACGAAGAAACUUGAGGCCACCAUCCAGUCCGAUUACGCAUACUUGUUCCCCGACUUUCGACUGGAUUUCUACCACGUUGCAACCAUCUUGACAGUCCCCUCCAAAAAUCUUUCGCACCCAUUCAGCCUUUCAAUCGAAUCCUGCCUAAUUAAUGGGCGUCCUUAUGGCGGCAACAACCAUCAUGAGAUUUUAGAGAGACUCAAAGAGAUUCCUCCAUUCUGUAGACAUUAUAUGAUGAAUCUGGGCGCUGCUGAUGUCGCGCCUGAAUUCCAGCCCUACGCCCUUAGGGACAACGAGCCUCAACCAACUUACAGAGAUGUUGAUUCGAGUGACAUGGACGUGGACUUCGAAAAGCUCCUCAGGCGGCAUGCUCGCACAAUCCCGACGCUGGAGGACCAUCUCCAAGACGAAGCAGGGGCUACCAAAUGCCGAGUGCGCGAUGGUAACAUAUGCGUUGUGACUGGCAAGCCAAAUCCCAAAACUUACCACAUCCUUCCGUUCACAUGUAACGACACCGUGAACCAUAACAAUAAUACCGCGUAUGUGAGGGGAGGUGCGGGUUACCUUGUAACAAAGGAUUUGCUCUCGCAGGCGCCUUAUGUCUCAAACCCUCGCACACUCGGCGGAUCUGACAAAGCAUGGAAUCAACUCUGUCUCGACCCUGAGCUGUUCAGCCUCAAAGGAAAAGGAAUGGCGACAUUGCAGUUCCGAUGGAUGCCACAGAUUAAGAAGAGGUCUGGUACGGCGAUAAACAUUCACGGUACUGGCCCUGAGAACGACUGGCUGAAUCUGAUGGCUGAGCUUGAUGCUUUCUACUGCCAGUAUCAACCUCCGCCUACAAUAGGAGGCAAGACUCUUCGAGUCACCAAUAAAGCCGGCGAACCUCUUCGAUCUGGACAUCUUAUCCACAUAUGUCUCCCUAAGGAAGAAGUCGAGCGCCUUGAGGUUGUCAUCAGUCUUCAGUGGUGCUCCAUCCUUUUUAUGGCCCUCGUCGGCGCGGCAGGCAACCCUGAGAUGCCCCCGCGCGACAGUCUUCAUGAAAAGGGUAUGACUUGGCUUGAGGACGAACCCGACGUUAGUGAUCAGGAAGGAAUGGACACGGAUUGA